AAUGACACGCCUCACACACAGAGCAUCACGGGUGCAGGAACGCCCAGGAGCAGCAUUGACACUUCCCUAUUGCAAUUACAGGCGCUGAGUUUCCUUCAUCCAGCUCGCCGAGUUCUCAGCUCUUAAUUGCUUCAAAUAUGAGUGAGGAAAAAGUCAAAGAGCAGGAGAAAGCUUCCAGUGCCCUGACUCAAGGCCAGCAGCAGGACGUAGGAGGCCCUGGUGAUGGACAACCCGACUGGAAAGACGCACAGAAGGAAUUUGAAAAGCUAUCGUCCACAAAGAAGCCACGGACCCCUAAAUCUCAGGAUGCCAUCACGAUCGCCGUGUCUUCGCGCUGCCUCUUUAACAUGGUGGAAGAAAGAAAAAUAUACGAGCAGAGCGGGCUGGAAAGUUACGUGAAGCAUCAACAGGAACACGAAGAGGAGCCGCUGAAGAAAGGGCCGGCUUUCCCAUUGGUGAAGGCACUGGAAACUGUAAAUGCACGCCUACGUGAACUUUACCCAGAGAGUGAUGAAAUAUUUGAUGUAGUUUUGAUGACAAACAACCAUGCUCAGGUCGGAGUGAGGCUGAUAAACAGCAUCAAUCAUUAUGAUCUGUCAAUUGAAAGAUUUUGUAUGACAGGUGGAAAAAGCCCAAUUGGAUAUCUGAAAGCGUACCUCACCAAUUUAUACCUUUCAUCAGAUUCUGAGAAAGUAGGGGAAGCAAUUGAAGCAGGAAUUGCAGCAGCCACUAUGUUUCAGAUUGAGAAGAACCUGAACCUUUCAGAUCAACAGCUGAGGGUGGCGUUUGAUGGAGAUGCUGUUCUUUUCUCCGAUGAGUCCGAGAAGAUUGUAAAGGCACAUGGAUUAGAUACAUUUUUUGAACAUGAGCAGAAGUUUAAAGACAAGCCACUUGCACAGGGACCUCUCAAAGGAUUUUUGGAAGUAUUAGGAAAACUCCAGAAGAAGUUCCAUGCCAAGGACUUACGUUUGAACUGCUCCAUCAGGACCUACCUUGUCACAGCAAGAAGCGCCGCAAGUUCUGGAGCAAGGGCUUUGAAGACACUACGCAGCUGGGGGCUGGAGGUUGAUGAAGCGCUCUUCCUUGCAGGGGCACCGAAAGGGCCACUCUUAGAAAAAAUACGCCCUCACAUUUUCUUUGAUGACCAGAUGUUCCAUAUUAAAGGAGCGCAAGCUUUGGGGACUGUUGCAGCACAUGUUCCUUAUGGCAUUGGGCAAAAGUACAAUAAGAGCACUCCCAUAACUGAACUUCCAAAGAAAAGUUAAUCUUGAGCAGGAUAAACUAACACCAAAUAUAUGUGUGAAAAAAAAACAGUUCAGCUUAUUUACUCCCGUGCUGUAUCAUCUUCAAUUCUAUGCUACUUGUAAGUACAAUGUCAAAAAAAGUACUGUUAAGGCAAUGAAAAAACUGGACUUGGGUCAGUGGGGUCUGUUCUGCAUAGCACUAUCCAAGUAUUUGUAUCUCUUUUUUUGAAUUUUCUAAUAUUAAAGCUUAUUUAUCUUUUAUGCUGUCAAGCUUAGGGCGUAGGAAAGCUACGUGAAGUAAUUAAUUUGCAUUUUCAUGUCAUUUUUAAUUCUGACCACAGUAGCCUUGAAACAAUUUUGUUGAUAUAAGAAUGCACAUUAUACAUGACUUCCUUUUCAAAACUGGCAAUGUUUAAAAUUAUUUUACCAUAUCUUUUAGUGGUAACUUAGUUUUGUGAAUUUUCUCUGGGUUUAAAAAAUAACAGAUCAGCUGCAAAAGUUUUUGUACCACCGAAAUUGGUACAAAAAUAAAUUGGAAGAUUGUGGGCAGAUGACUUCAGAUCAAUGGCAAACAUGACUAUUUUGGGUGGUGUUAACCCUCUACCAUUGUAAUUGUUGUUUUCAUUUUUACAGUGUACUUUUAGCCUGUGUGUUCCACUUGGCAUUUUAUGUAAUUGAAAUUGCUUGCUUAGGUUAGAAAUUAAAUGAACUCCAGAUUAAUUUUUUUAAAAGUCAAAGGAGCCCCUUAGAAACAGAAUUUUAUAACACGUUGAGCCAUUCCUGUGCCAGCUCUCUGAAAGACCUAUCCACAUAGUUCUAUUCCCCUGCCCUUUCCCCAUAUUUAGUAUGAUUUUGCUCAUUUCAUCCAUUUCCCAGUCACUGUUUGUGGUAGGACAUUCUGGGGGUUAAAUUUGGGAAAGCCCACACCUGGGACCCCAAGCACAUUGUUAUUCACUGGAACACUGAUGGUGAGGUUUGAGGAGCCUCUUGUAUCAGGCUUUGGACUUUGUAACGAAGAUGGUGCUACCGGAGGAGGUAGGUGUUACACGUUUGGGCCACUGCAAUGGGUUUAAACUCAGGUAGACGUGUAAGGGGAUUGCAGGCCAGCAAGUCCAGAUUAUAGGCUUGACCUCGGCAUCAGGGUGUGUGGGAUAAAGAGUCAAAAUUGCGGGCCAAUGGAAUCGGGGCCUGAGGUUUUGGGUUGCGGGACUGGCUAUUUGUGGUGAACACUUGACGUUGUUUUUUGAAUCUGGUUGAUAUUCAGGUUUUUCCUAAGGUGCUGGCUGCCUUUGGACAAACCAAUGCUGCAGCAGGGUUUAGACCUCUUUAUUCGCAUUAGCAAAGGGCCAAAUGCCUGUUUCCAACAUGGGUAAAGAAUGUAUUUCUUUGACCUUUUUAUAAUAUGAUAAAUGGUGCACUUUUGGUUGGCAAUAUGCCCACGCUUUCUACACCACAUUUUGCGGUCUUGAGGCCACAUAGCACCUGAGAAACAGGCGCCAUGUGGCUCAGUUUAAUCUCUCCAUGUCCUAAUAACCCUCUGCUUAAAAAUGUUUGAUCUUUUCCUUCUAUUCAUCCACAAACAAAAAUUGUUUCUCUCUACCUAAUAAAAAAUCUUCAUAUUUAUCAGAUUAUCUUUGCUGUUUAAAUAAUGUUUCUCCAAUUCCACCUUUUAACUAAUGACUCUGUUUCCCAAUAUCAUUGUUGAGCACUAUUGUGCUUAAACUAGAUUUGACACUACAUUGGAGUUAUGUUAAAUUGGAGGACAGAGUCUUGGGCGGGGAGAGUAAAACCUGAAGAGAGUAUCCCUGAAUUGUACAGUAAAUCUUGGAAGAUAUUCCAAGAUUUCCUAUUUUUGUUUUGAAUUGUAAAAUCAAACAGUGCAAUUGAUUUUAUUUGAGAAUGGACGUAUUUAAUGAAUGCUAUUUAAACUUUUGUUGAGGUAUAGUUUUUAAUAACUUGGACUCAGUACCUGAGAUUGCUCAGUGAAUCAAAAUGUGUUGGAAGUUCCUCCGUUUUUAGUUCUAUGAGCAUCACUUUCAAUUCAUGAGCUGCUACAUUGUGAGAAACCAAUACAAAUUAUUUGUAAAAGGUUUUCGGAUUAAUGCAUUUAUUUAACUUCUCCACAAAAAGCAAGUAGAAAUUUCCUUAUUGAAAGAAAGCCUGGAAAAAAGAGACAUGUCUAAGCUUCAUCUUGCGUUCAUCAGGACACUUGCAAGAAUACAAAUAUCAGGGGGAAAACAACAAUUUAUACGGAAUGUGAAGGGAGUGCUGAUUGGUUGGCAAGUGGCGUUGCCAUGGAGAAUGCACCAUUGGUGACUGAUGAGUGCAAGACGAAAAGCUUAGACAUGUGUCUUUUUUUCAAGUUCGGUGCUACCAAAGGACUAUUGAAGUCUGGGAAUAAUUGAGGUGGAGCUGUAGAUUUGUGUACUGUCUUUUGGCCUCAGACUGAAUUCUGUUCCAGAUCAGAUUUAAUGGGCUGAAAGCCUUCAAUCUCUUUUUUUUCUGUGAAGCCUCGAAUGAAAUGAGUCUGAAAAGCCUCAGCACAGUUCCCGCUUGGAUGCAAACUAACAACACAGAACUUUUCCUAAAUUAGCAAACUCAAUUAAAGGACCAAUGAGAUGGUUGCUAUGGGAAGUGCAAAUAUCAAAUAGAAGGAGUAUAGACUCCUCUUCUCUAAUUAUGGCUGGACUCUGUUGAAAAAAGGAAAAGGACUUUUAUUUGCUAGUGCUCAAGAAGGAAUUUUCCACUCUUGGUGCUCCUAGCAACCGAAAUUUAGAAAAUCGUAUCUGAAUGACAUUGCAUUUUAAAUCAAGUAAGAAAGAGGUAUACAAAGCUGUUAAACAUUACUAUCAUUUUUAGUUUGUGCAUGGAUUAUUUCAACGUUUACAACUGCCAUUUACAGGAUAUUCCGUUUUUUAAACAAAAAAGCUAGCUGCAUUUCACAAAAAUUAUUUAACUCGUUUAUAGGAUUGUUUGGAUGCAAAUGUAAUAGGAUCAUGAUAUAAGACUAAAUGGAAAUCAUUUGGACUAUUGCGGUUUACCUUUUUGCAUUCUGUUUAUAUUUGUUUUGUUACCAACACAGAACUUUUUCUAAAUUACCAAUCUCAUUUAAAUGACCAAUGAGAUGGUUGCUAUGGGUGGUGUAAAUAUCAAAUAGGAGGAGUAUGAACUCCUAUUUACUCACUAUGGCGGAACAAAGGAAAAGGACUUUUAUUUGCUAGUGUUCAAGAAGGAAUUUUCCACUCUUGGUGCUCCUAGCAACCAAAAUUUAGAAAAUUGUAUCUGAAUGACAUUGCAUUUUAAAUCAAGUAAGAAAGAGGUAUACAAAGCUGUUAAACAUUACUAUCAUUUUUAGUUUGUGCAUGGAUUAUUUCAGCAUUUACAAUUGCCAUUUUCAGGAUAUUCUGUUUUUUUAAAAAAAAGCUAGCUGCAUUUCACAAAAAUUAUUUAACUCACUUAUCGGAUUGUUUGGAUGCAAAUGUAAUAAGAUCAUGAUAUAAGACUGAAUGGAAAUCAUUUGGACUAUUGUGGUUUACCUUUUUGCAUUCUGUUUUUAUAUCUUUUGUUACCAGCAAUUGGUUUUGCGUUUCUUUUAAAAUGUGCUUCGUUCAAUUUCAAUAAAUCUGGCUUACACAAAA